AAAAAAAUAUAUAAUCUGGGCAAUUUGAUUCAGAGUCACCACCGUUGAGUCUGUUCAAUUGAAUCGUUGAAUCUCGCCGGUGCCAUAUUUAUACGUUGGAUUUUUGCGAAUUUUUUUUAUCUUUACUUGUUGUGAGAUAUGGAUGUUGCGGCGGUGGCGAGAUGCAUGGGAAGAAGCUGCGAUGUUUCUCCGGCGUUCGGUGAUUCUGACCCGUUCCGGCGGUUUCUGAGAUUAUCGUUGUCUGAACGCUCCACGAAUUCAGAUCCCACCACCGGUCGUAAAUGUUUGAAGUUUCGCAGGAAAAGUCACCGGAGACUGAGUUUCAUCCGUCCGAUCAUGGCGACCGAUGAAUCGAUUUCAUCGCGUUCCUCUGGUUGCGCCGGUGAAACACAGCUGAUCAACGGAAAGCAAAAGAACAUCGUAUGGCAUGAUUGUCCUGUUACUAAAUCCGACAGGCAAGACUUGAUUAAGCAAAAGGGUUGUGUUAUUUGGAUUACUGGCUUAAGUGGUUCAGGGAAAAGUAGUCUGGCAUGUGCUCUUAGCCGAGCUUUGCACAAUCUUGGAAAGCUUUCGUAUAUACUUGAUGGUGACAAUGUUCGAUAUGGUUUAAACAGCGAUCUUAGUUUCGGAGCAGAAGAUCGAGCUGAAAACGUUCGAAGAGUUGGUCAAGUUGCCAAACUGUUUGCAGAUGCUGGAAUCAUCUGUAUUGCAAGUUUGAUAUCUCCUUACCGGAGGGAACGAGCUGCGUGCCGUGCGUUGUUACCAGAAGGAGAUUUCAUUGAGGUAUUCAUGGAUGUUCCACUCCAUGUUUGUGAAGCUAGAGACCCAAAGGGAUUAUACAAACGUGCACGCGCCGGGAAAAUCAAAGGUUUCACAGGAGUAGAUGAUCCAUAUGAACCGCCUUUGGACUGCGAGAUAGUGAUACAAAACAACAGAGACAAAGGUGUUUCUUCUUCAUCUUCGUCACUGACUGAAAUGGCAGAGAUUGUUGUGUCGUACUUGGACAAAAAUGGAUACCUCAAGACGCCUUAGAUUAUUAUAUAUGAUCAUAUAGUAAUAUGUACUUUCCUUGUAAUAGGCUCAUCCCCCUCAUGUAUCCGCGUGUUAAAUUAAUUGUUUGUUUGAAUGUAAUAGUAAAGGUGCGGUUUCUUCCCGUCUUUUUCUUUACUUCUUCGACUUUGAUUUGUCCUCCCAAAUUUUCAGCUCGAAAUAACACAAAAGCCUAUAGAUUUCAA